AUGGGAUACAUUAUAGAUGUAUUGAAACGUUUUGGAAUGUCAUAUUCGAAACCUGUAAGUACUUCUAUGGAUGUGAAUGUAAAAGUGACAAAAUCAGAGCAGGAUCCGAAAGUCGAGGAGAGGAAGCUGCCUUUUAGAGAAUUGGUGGGUGCACUUAUGUACUUAGCUGUUGCAACGAGACCUGACAUCUCAUAUGCUGUUAGUGCACUGAGCCAGUUUAACACCUGUUACGGAAAAAUUCACUGGACAGCAGCAAAUCGUGUGUUGCGCUAUCUGAAAGAAUCAGUUCAAUUAGGGCUGAUAUUUAAACCAGUAUCGGAAUCUCUAAAAGGAUACGUCGAUUCCGAUUGGGUCAGCUGUUCGAUAGAUAGGCGAUCGUACACAGGAUACAUUUUUAAUCUUGGGAAUUGCGCCAUGUCUUGGAAUUCCAAGAAACAAAGAACUGUCGCCUUGUCAUCAACAGAAGCCGAAUACAUGGGAUUAGCAGAAGCUGCCAAGGAAACCAUGCACCUUCGAGGAUUUUUGGAUGAAUUAGGAUUCAUGAGUCUGGCUAACACCACGGUUCUGCAUGAGAAUAUAGGAGACUAA